AUGUCGUCGCAACAGACACCCUUGGCUUACGCCGUCGCACAGUGGCUGGAGCAAUCAGCAGCUUCCGUCCCUGCCGAUCAGAAGGUCAAGCUGCAACAGGCCGCCAAGAGCGUCUCGGAAGCGUUCGGUGUCAACACCUCGUCGGCGGAGCAGCAGGCACAGUACGGAUCUGGACCAGGUCUGCAAGCCAUCUUCGACAUUUUCCUAAAGACCCAGGCAAAGAUGGGUGGUGCAGCGCCUGCCCCUGCCCCUGCCCCUGCCGCUUCCUCCUCCUCUGCUUCCACAUCGGCCGCAACUCCAUCAGACGAGGACCUGGCCAAAGCAGAGCAGCUCAAGGCGGAAGGCAACAAGGCCAUGUCUGCCAAGGACUUUGGCGCCGCCAUCGAGGCGUACGGCAAGGCGAUCGAGCUCAACCCCAACUCGCCUGUCUACUUUUCCAACCGAGCCGCUGCGUUUAGCCAGAUCGGCCAGCACGAGUCGGCCAUCGACGACGCCAAGCAGGCAAGCAAAAUCGAUCCCAAAUUUGGCAAGGCGUACAGCCGUCUCGGCCACGCGCUGUUCAGCUCGGGACGAUUCGAGGAGGCCGUCGAGGCCUACCAGAAGGGCGUUGAGGUCGACCCGUCCAACGAGGUGCUCAAGAAAGGUCUUGCUGCGUCCAAGGAGCAGCUGUCUUCUUCGUCCUCGUCCACGUCCGCGGCGGCGGGGGCGAACACUGCUUCUCGAGACGCCGUCGCUUCGCCUCCCGCCACUGACGCCGGUGCAGGUGCAGGCGGAUUCCCCAACUUCGGCGGAGGUGCCGGCGGCAUGCCCGACCUCGCAGGCAUGAUGAACAACCCUAUGAUCGCACAGAUGGCGCAGAACUUGAUGUCGAACCCGGACAGCUUGGCGUCGUUGAUGAACAACCCCAUGCUGCGUCAGGCCGCCGAGAGCUUUGGCGCGGGAGGUGGCAUGCCGGACAUGAGUGCGAUGAUGAACGACCCUGCGAUGCGCGAGAUGGCGAGAAACUUUAUGGGCGGUGCCGGCGGUGGUGCUGGAAGGGGCAGUGGCGGUAGCAGCGGCACCAACAACAACAUGUACGGUUAG